GAUUGUCUGUCUGUAUUCUGAAGUAAAUAACCCACAUGCACCAUCGCCACGGCAGCAUACGAUGCGCUAGAAAUAAAUCCAGCUGCGGCUUAUCCCGGCUGGGUGCUAUGUUAUAUAAAAGUAAAGCACGUCAAGUGAUUGUCGCUAGCACAAUAAUUUAAUCAAACCUGUCGUGCUUUUCCAUCCGCUACAUCGGUCUCCAGUGUGCAAUUUUGAAAGAAACACAUUUGUUCUUUAUUUCUCUACAACAGCAAACUGCAGACCUACUGCCUGGGUCACUCUGAACCUCAAGAGACAGGAAGGUUUCCAAAGGGGGCAAGGCGCCACCGUCAGUGUUUCAGUCCGAGCGUGCCGACCGAGCUGGCGAAGCAAGCAAGAAACCAUGUGGCAUAAAAGAAUGAAAAAUACUUCAGCACACCUGAUUAAAAUCAAGCUAUUGUGUUCCAUUUUAUAGUCUUUUAAAGAACUGGUUGUCAUAGAAACAUGAUUAGCUUUCCAAGCCCUUGUAAGCAGUGGGAUUUGUGUAAUUGCUUGUGUCAAUCAGGUGUGUGUGUGGAGGGGAUAUUUAAUUGAGACUGGAAUUACAGAGGAAUAACGAACUGCGUACAGGACAGGAAAUAAGGGGCACGCAUAUCAGCCAGCAGAAUCACUGCUCUCAUUAUUAACACCUAAUUAUCCAAGCUAUUAUAAGUUCACUAAUAGGACCACCUCUUAGCCUCACAUUUUAUGCAGCACACAUUGGAAACUAGAUAUAGAUGCUUCUAUCAAACUUUUCAGCGUUAUCGACACCUGAUCUCUUGAGUUCUUCCUGAACCAGUUUGUCCAGUUUUGAUGACCCUGCCCAUACAUGUUUUUUCUAUCCGAUUAUUUCCCAGAUGCUCUGGAUCUAGGGCAUAGUGACCUGCUUUUAGAAUGCUGAUGUCACAGGGCAGAGGCUGGUUGGGAUUUGGGCACCGCCCACACUGCAUUGCCUUAACCGCUAUGCAAAGCCAGGCUCAUGUGCAGGGGUGGUUAUAGAGUCUCGUCUCAGCUGACGAGGAUUAGAAUCCAUAACGGCAGUGCAUCACACAACACUGACUGUUCCACUGAACACCUGCAACGUGAGGUACAUAGAUUUAUCCUGCCUGCUGUAAAUGGCCACAUUAAAGCAGAUGACCAAGCAGCUGUGUGGCCAAUUUGGAAUCCCACAAGCCUUAAUGGAAUCAUUGGCAAAUAAACAACUCAAGCAGUUAGAUCAGCCCUUGGUGGAGGAAUGCACUUUUUACAGCACUGCUAACAGGGUGUCGCUGUGGAAUUUUAAAACGUUUAAGAUAAUUGCUCCAUUAUAUGGCAUCUGUGUUUGUACAAGGCGAGGUGGAGUGUGCGGGUUUAUUUCAUUGCACACGUUGCCGCUCACUGGGUAUAGGAAUCAGGUGCCACUCUUUCAACGAUGGGCUCUAAAAGGAUAGGACUGUCGCUCUCUGAAAAUCUUUAGUAAACAUCUGAUGCGUUUUUGUAUUAACCUCUUGUUAUCGGAUUUGAGCCCAACCAAUGGGCAGCCAGAACUCGUGCACAGGACGUGACGAGGUACCUGGAAGGUGCAGAUUCAGUGUCUGAACUCUUGAGCCGAGCAACCGUUGUGGCUAAAAGGGCCACGACAAGGUGGCCCAGGAAUUCUUACAAGACUGUUAAACCUCACGACGCACAGCUUCAGCAUUCGUGUGCUCGUGAAACAGGUUGCAUGUAUAAACCCUCACCAAGCAUCAAGUUGUUUUUGCAAAAAACUAGUCCUUCAGCUUUCGAGCAAGAGCCCUAUUGCCGGCGGGGUUUUAUUUUUGUGUUCUAACCUCAAGUGUUGCCCAGGCAUUAAAAAACAAUCGGUCACAAAAACAAAUCUGAGAAAAAUAGCAAUGCAAAAGACAAAAAAAAAAGAUACUUGUUUGACAGAACAAUGUGGGGAGCAGUGACAAUCUCUAAUGAAGGGCUGGUGAACCUUGUUGAGACCACAAGCUGGACCCCUGAGCUCAGAUACACUGGGGAGCUCUCAUCCAGCACAGCAGUAAUCAGAUCAGUGCUUCAGCUCAAUCACGUGGAGGACACAGCGUCGAUGCUGAAUUAAAGCAGGGACUUGAUUGAAGGUGCACGCAGGGAGAGCGAGCGAGCGAGAGAGACAGCACAGGCAAAGUGUGGGAGGGAGAGAACGGAAAACAGUGAGGUACAUGAGUGAGAGAAGAGUGGACACAGGGAGAGGACGGAAGGAAACUGGAGAAACUGAAUGAGAAAGAGAUAGGAGAGGGGCACAGAGCAAGAGGAGACUGAGAAAAUGAAUGAAAAAGGAAAUAUUCAUUUAGAUCCUUUGUUGAAAAUGUAAUUUCUCAUUUUUUUUUAAAAAAAACCUAGUGCUGCAUCCUGCAGCUUUGUAAAUGCUAGGUGAGUCAUGGUGAUAAACUGAAUUUAGUAGAGACAGGUAAGGAGGGUGAGAGAGCGGGGCAAUUGAAUGAAAUAAGGGUGCAAAAGAAGGGGAGAGAGAAAAGGGGCGCACAGUGAAAGGUGAGAGAGGGAGAAAGAAAAAGAGAGAAUGAGAUGGAGGGAGGAGAAAAGAUACAGUUGAUUCCAGUCUAGCAGUUUUGCUAUCUGGACCAUGUCUUCUCAGCCCAGACAAUCAGAACCGGGCUUUUUAGAACAGAGCCACCAGAAACAACUGGACCUUAUGGGGCAGAGCCUUCAUAGAGACCAACCCUUUAUUGGGCCGAAUAGGCCUAGAGAAGCAGGCGUUACCGGACAGAGGCAUCAGACAGAACCAGGAUUUAUUGGACCACACCGUCACAAAGAGCAAGGAUUUCCAAGACGGAAGGGUCAGACACACCUGAACUUUAAUGGACAGAGCGUUCAGACAGAACCGGGCUUCACUGGGCCGAAGUGCCAGAAUUAUUCAGUCCGGGAUCAGAUCAGCCGGGUGGUUUUGGAUUUGGAGACAGUUCUGGGGGGGCUGAAGCAGGUCCAUCAGGAGAUGAAGGAGCUCGUCCAGCAAAUAGACCAGCUGACCUCCAAGCUUGACCUGACAGGGGUUGAGUCCGGCAACGGUUACCGUAGCGACACUGUGACCAGCACCAGCAGCUCAAGUGGGGUCGUAGUGUUCAAUAAGGCCGGCGGUCAUCAGCAGCAUCCAAAGCCAAAGGUGGCAGCUGCCUUUUCGACAAUAAAACGACAUCAAGCAAAGCCUCCACCUGCACCCUUUCCAGUAGUCAGAAUGUCAAACAACUGUAGAGCAGACAGGCCCCCCGUACCCGAGAUGGGGCCAGUGGUCGGGAUCAACCUUCCGCCAACAGCCACCAGGGGGCGAACGCAGCUGGAAGAACCAGUCUGGCUGCCGAGGCGACAGGGGAAGGCGAGGGGCUCCCAUCCUCCCUUGCAGGAGCGGCCAGGCUUCAGGUCCAGUGUUACUGUCUAUCCUGAGGGCUGCUCUGGGAGGCAAAAGCCACCAUUCUGUCCUCCAAGCAGAGAACUUGUCAGGCUAACCAGUGCCCCAGCCAGCCGCUACCAGCCUCCCAGCUCUCUCACAAAUCAACACUGCCCCACCCCACGCAGGAUCACCUCAACUGCAGUGUGAGGGGGUGAACCACAGUGGAAACUAAGCCAGCCGCGCUUGGCUCCGCUCUAGUGGAAACGAGAUAAGAGACUGUCGACUAACACCCAGGCGAGGAAGGACAGCUGCAGUCACCUCAGGAGAUAGACGCUGACGUCAGCUGAAGUGAACAGGUAAAGGGGUGAGUCAGGGAUAGGAGUGGAUAGCCCGUUCUCGAUUUCACCACAAGCUUUAUUAAUUAUCUACUGUAAAGAAACCACAAGCUCUGUAAAACCUGCUCUCUGCUAUGGGGAUUCCAUUUACCUGUGCAGCACUAAGCAGAGAAGCUCGUUGCUGCCAUCUACUGUGAUGGGAGGGGAAUGCAUCCAACAGAUUGUGUGGGGUAAAAAAAGUAUUACAAUUGUACACAAUUUGAUUCUCUAGAUGCAAUAGGGUUAACCAUUGGCUCGCUGCUGUUGUUAUUAUCAUCAGGACUAUUCAUUUUGUGUUGCUUGUUGCUUUUCAUGAAGUGGAGCAUCGCUCAUCUGCUGCAUUUGACCCCCAGCUGGUUUCUAUAAAUAUUCUGGGAGACAGGCUGAGUGAGACAAUCUAGACACCCACUCGCCACACAGAACUGAGCAAAGAAAUGCACAGUGCAUGAAUUAGCUUUCCCUAUUUAGAAAUACAGGUUCUCAAGAUUGAAUUUAUUCAGGUAAUUAUUUUACUAUAAUGUGUGAUUACAGAUACCAUGAAAACCAAGUGGGUUUUUUUUGCUGCUAUAAAUAUUAGCGAUGAAUAUAUAGAGGAUACUCAAGAGGACAAUCAGCUUGGUAGAACGGUGUUUUUUACAGCCAUCCUCGAGUGAAAUAAACAAAGCUAGUCAAUGGAGUGUUCUGUUUGUGCAGCGGGAGCGCAUUGUAUAGAAAAGCACGUUUAAACCCAAGCUGUAAUUUGAAAAGCUGGAAUCCGCUCUCAUUCCGGAGAUGGGUUUGAAUGAACGCAGACAAAUUGGAAAAACCGACCCCCAACCCAAAGUUAAUAAGUCAUUUCGUCUGUAGUGUUGUAGCAGCCUUUUAAAUGAGUCUAUAAAUGGACUGGGCAAGAUUAGCUAAAGCUCAGAACAGAAGACUGCUAUUGAAGAAUGAAAUAAAAGAUGAAAAGUAAUUUUAUAGGUAGCUGAAGUACUAGGGCUUUUAACACAGGGAAAGUUAUGCUGUUGUUUUCCCGUCUCCACUUAAACCACUUAGUGUCUGGCACCAUAAAAGGCAGAGUGGAACUGAGUGAACUGUGCAGAGCAACUUACAAAAAUAUAAUUGGUUCUGAAUUAGUAGACAGGCUGCUGCAGCUGGUAAAGUACAACUAAUCAACAUAACAAUGUGUAUUUUUAAAAUCUGAUAAUGUACAGAAGAAUAAAGGCAAACCACGAUGCCUGAAGGUUUAAG